AUGUGCAAAUUAUCCGACCUUAUGAAGUUGAUGGUGCGGUUCGAGAUUAGUGAAAAAGAGGUUGAUCUGCUGGAAGUGGGACUUAUUGAGUGGGUAGAGCAUUACAAAGAGUAUUACUACCAAUAUGAAGAGAACCAAUUACCUGUCUGUACACUCCCCAUCCAUGCGUAUCUAAGUCAACUGAAGCUAAAGUAUAACCUAGAUGACGAACUGAAGGAUUUUCACUCUAGUCAGCACAACUAUAGUGUACUGAAGCAAAAUGAGAAAAUAUAUCCAGAUUAUCCAGACCAUAUCAUGUGUAGCCCUUACCAUAUGGAACAUAAACCCAACAGUGAUACUAGACGCAGGAUCAGCAUAUACAUCCGCGCACUCAUUGGUGGUCAAAUCAAUCAGAUAUUGCCUCACUUACCUGAAGUAAUGCCCCUUUGGGGAAAACUAUGCAUUGCUGCUGGUGGUGAUGUUGUUCAAAGUGCUUUUGCAAUGAAAAAGAGCAACACAUUAUCACAACAUGAUAAUUCUUUUGUGCGGUAUGAGAUCUCUUACACUGUACUAGAACACAGGAAUACCACUGUCACUGCCACUCAUUAUGGUCAUCUCGAACAAAUACUUGUCUGUCAGCUUGGAAAUGAUGAUUUUUGGAAGGAUCUAUCUGGUCAUGGACUUCUAUUGGCAGUCAUCACACCAUGUAAAACUGAGGGUAAAGAUGCAUCUUUAGAAGUUGCUGUGUAUGGUGGAUUAGCAGCUGCCAUUGCCAUAGACAUCCAUAACAUCAAAGCUGUUGUCGGAUGA